AUGAGCAAUGACUGGUGCUGGUGCUGGUGCUGGUCGACCCUUAAGGCGCUAAUUCUCGGAUCGUCCCCCGACAAAUCCUGCUUAUUAGUCCUGGGAUCCACGGUGAUCGUAGAGCCUACUCCCGCUAAGCCUGAAGGCCCCGGCAAGAAAUUGCGGAGGAAGCUCCAGAAGAUCAGCGCCCCUCAGCGUUGGUACAAGCCCAACGACCACAAUGACGCCAAGAAGUCGGGUGCCACUAUCACCAAUACGAUCAGCAAACCCAUCCCAUCAACAUCCGGUCGUGAUGAUGGUAAAUGGCUUGAGCAGCUUCGCAAGAGCGGGUCUCUCUGCCGCGGUCAACUGCCCGUACAGCCUGUCGAGAAGUCGCUGCGACACUCUAUGCAAGUCAUUCCCGAAUUCGCGCAUCUUGCCGCCGACGACACGAAACCGGGCAGACAACUUGACAGAAGGGCCUCCUGCGCCAACCCUCCUUCAGCCGCAUCGGCGACGAGAAGGUAUGCGAAGACGCCCGUCCAUCAUAUCGGACAAUUAGAGGAGGAUUCCAGAAAAGAGCAAACGGCGAGACACAGAGUUUCGAGCGUGGAAGAAAUUGCGGAAUCUUAUAGAGCUUUACUGGAGUCAAGUUGCGCAAUAUUGAACGACACGAACCAAGUCCAACCAUUACGCCUGGGGGAGUCUUACCGUGCAAGCUUGGACAACCAAGCAGCACGAGAAGACAUCACUCCGGAUUUCUCCGAGACAUUAUUAGUUAGAUCAUCGCCUCGUUCCGACGACGGGACGUUGGUAGCUUCCGAGGUGGAUUCAGUUUCCCUUCAACCUUCAUUCACACCCGAACUCCCUUCUCCUCGAGAGAGUCGUCGACACCACCAACAUGCACCGGCCCUCCCGCCGCCGAGGCGAGCAACCCCCGGGAGCCCCAGCCUGCAGAUCUGCGUUGACCUGCUUGGACAAGAGCUUUCGUCGGCCGCCAGAGGGUCGGCGUUUCGACCCAAUGCGGAAACUUCAUCAUUACAAAUUUGGGUCAUGAUAGAAGCUUACGAGAGAUUGCGAGACAAGAUUUCAGAUAUGCGACUAGACGAAGACCAGGAGCGAUCGUUGAAUACUAUGCUUGAUACUUGGAUCAGGGCGUUAUAUGCGGUCCAUGAUAGAAUGACAGGAAAUGAUGGGCAUGAAAGCGAGAGCGACUAUGGCGACUAG